GCUGCCGCCACGUGGCCGCCACUGGACCGGCCCCCGUGAUGCUGGCGCCGCUGGCGUGGACCGGCGCAGAGAGAAGAGGAACAGCUGAGCGGAACGACGUAAAAAAUAUAUGGCGUACCAGUGGUGCCUUGUAUAACUUUUGUAAUUCGGACACUUUUCUUUGAAAUAUAUUAUAGGGCAGCGGUGGGAUAGCCCUUGUGCUUUUCUGUGAGAGUUCGGGAGUGAUGUGAAUGCGAUGGAUCGUGAUAGUUACUCCAGUAGCUCGAGCUCCAGAUCGAGUUCAGCGGAUGGGAACUACAAGCGCAGACAGAAGCGUACUCGAUCACCUUCCAAAGCGUCCCGCACCUGGUACGAGCCGGGGCAGCGACCAUAAGUCAUGUUAGAAGCGUUGGUGGAAAAGUUGAUUAAGCACCAAACAAAGGCGAAAGACAAACACCAUCGUGGAAUUAGGGUUGCUAUAAAACCGGAAAGUAUAUCCGAGUUCACGCCUGGAAAUCCAAAUUUGAGUUCAGCGAAAUGGAUCGCAAAAAUCGAACAGUUGGCAAAAAUUAAUAACUGGGAUGAGCCAACCAUGAUAUUUUUAAUGCAGAGUCGUCUAAGUGGAUUAGCUCGACGCUGGUAUGAUAAUUUAUCAACAUAUCGACUGAGUUGGAAAGAGUGGAAGAAAUUGCUCGUAAAAUCCUUCCCUGAACACAGAGAUUUCGCCACUACGUUACGUGCCCUCGUAAAUCGGAUGAAGUUGCCUACAGAAUCAUGGGAAAGAUAUUACUUUGACAAGGUAGAACUUACAAAUGCUUGCGAUAUUAAUGGACAUAGAGCCGUGUCGUGUAUUAUUGAUGGUAUUGAAGAUCCAAGCGUCCAAGCAGGGGCCAGAGCAGGUAGAUAUACGAGCCCAGACCGGCUCUACGCUGAAUAUAUCUCUGUUCUAAAACCUGAAAAGUCCGUCUCGAGCACGACUGUAGCGAAAACUGCGUUUACAACUGCACAUCGCCGUCCUUUGAGCGAAAGGGAGCGAUCGAAUGAGCCGCCUUCAAAAAAAGCGAAACCACCGGCCAGAAGACCCCCAAAAUGCUAUAACUGUAGGGAUGAGGGUCACUUUGCCGAUAAGUGUCCGAAACCCAAAGUGGAAUGUGCCAGUUGUAAGCGGUUGGGCCACCUUACAAAAGAUUGCCGCAGGCAGUCCAUCAAGAAUCAAGUUGUCCUUGAGAAAGACUUGGCACCCGUCAACAGUAGUUAUUUUUUUGACUGCUGGGUUAAUGAAACGCCCUCCCAGGCAUAUGUUGAUUCGGGGUGCGGCGCUGUUCUGAUCCGGGAAGAUACCGCCAACAUGCUGAACAUGGAACGCAGUCCCUGCACGAAAUAUGUAAUAGGUUACGGCGGAGUAGCCACGAAAACUCUCGGAAAACUGACCAUCCGACUCAAGAUAGAUGGUGCAGAGGCUGAAGUUGAGAGCCUGAUAGUACCCAAUACUGCUCAAGAAAUUCCUGUGCUGGUGGGCCAAACUUUCUUAAAUCAAGAUGAGAUCAUGAUGAUUGUUUCUGGACAGACCGUACGAGUUACCCAAAGAGGAAGUGACUUGUGCGAAACUCUCGAUGUUCCUCCCAGGAAAAUUCCUUUAUGGGCAAAGGAAUCAAUCGUGUUAGAACCGAGAACAACGGCUCUCGUCGCCGUGACUUCUCGAGGUGCCUGUGCCGACGACGUAUACGUAAGAGGUGGCUUACGACCGCUGCCUGAUGGAGAACACGUCGUACACGAAUGUAUUACGAAGGGGGGAGGAUGGCUACGUCGCCAUCACGAAUCUUUCGUACCGGCAUAUCGAGGGCAACUCGCUCCACGGGGACGCGGAGGCUGGUAGCGUAGCCGACUGUUAUCGCUGCCGCCACGUGGCCGCCACUGGACCGGCCCCCGUGAUGCUGGCGCCGCUGGCGUGGACCGGCGCAGAGAGAAGAGGAACAGCUGAGCGGAACGACGUAAAAAAUAUAUGGCGUACCAGUGGUGCCUUGUAUAACUUUUGUAAUUCGGACACUUUUCUUUGAAAUAUAUUAUACAAAGAUU